ACUAUUAGUCACCGAAUUAAUUCUGCCAGUGCAAACGAAUAAGCGAUCGUGCUAAAAAUAAAAAAUAAAAUUUUGGAAUUGUCACUAAGUAACCAAAAUAUUUCAAAAUGGGAGAUGUUGAAAUGAACCCCACCAAGGUCACCAUUGUCACCAAUGCUCCAGCUCCGGGCGCCAUCUCUGUGGGUCCCGUGGGGCCUGAUGAGAUGGCAGUCACCUGCCCCUCGUGCCUCGCCACCGUCACCACCAGGGUUGAGCGGAAAGCCUCCACCAAGACACACAUGAUCGCUUUGGCGAUAUGCGUUUGUUUCGGCUGUCUAUGCGCGUGGAUUCCCUACUGCAAGAACUCCUGCCGGAACGCUGACCACUACUGCCCUAACUGCGACUCCUACCUCGGAACGUACCAGAAUUAGUUUUAAUAUUUACUUGAUAAGUUUAGUGUUCUAUCUUUAGUACAACUCCUUUUUUCCCAAGCCUAAUCUACUUAUAGCUCCUACUUUUCUUAGGCUCUGUCUUGUUAAAAGUUCCUUUUUUUAGUACAACCUCUUCCUUUUCAAGUCUUAUUAGCUGUCUCUCUGUUUGCGUUUGUUUUAUUGCUUUAAGAUUAAAGAAAUGAAAACAAAUAUUGCCCACUUGUAAGUUUUGCGUUAAGUAUUUUUAAUAAAUAAUGAAAUCUCACCAAAUCAUACAAUUAUGUCUCUAAGCAGUGGCUUUAAUUCCUACAAGAAUAUGAAAAAUCUACAAAAUAUUUUUAAGGGAAAAUCAAAGUAAAGGAGUUUUUACUGAACCAUUUCAGAAUGUUUCAUGUAAUAGCUAAUCAUUAAGUGGUAUCUUUAUUCUAUUGUUGGUUUUAUUUUUUGUUUAAUUUAAAUUAGGUUAAGUAUUUAGUUUUGUAUAGUAUCCUAUAGAUGAGAGCACAUCAUUCAAUACAUUUGUGUUCUGUUGAGCUUGAAUUGCUGUCGUCUGUACUCGUACUAGAACACGAUCAUAAUCUGAUUGAGAUAAAUGUUUUUUUUUUAAUAAAUUAAAUUAGAUAAGGACUUUUACUUUCCUGUUAAUAUUGCCGCAGUGAAAAGAAAUAAGUUAUUAAUUUAUUCAUAUAAAAUAAAUUAUAAAUUGUU